CCAAGUCUCUCAAAAUUUCUGACCAUUUAAAUUCUUUGGAUCACAUAACAUUAAUGGACUUCAUCAACCAUUCUCUUCCUUCUCGUCUCCUACGCCCUGCCGUACGAACAAAAAACAUAACAAUUCAAAGUUUCGUGGUUCGAGUGGCAUCUCGUCUCAUAGUUGAUAAUCCCUAUUAUAUUUCUAAUGAUAAAGGUGAAGAUGAUGAGUCUUCACAUUCUCACCAUCUUCUCCCUCUUAUUGGGUGCAACAAUAGAGAAACUACUGUAGCAAACAUACAAUUCUCUGAAGGAAGGAAAGGAUGUUGUGGGGCUUGUAAUAUCAACACCAUCGGUACAACCUACUAUUUUUGUAUUGAUAGCCUCAUUGAAUGUGACAAAUUGAUAGAUAUCGAGUGGUGAUAGUCUCAUUCAGAUCGAAGCAUUACUCAUGGGUGGUUGCAAAGAAAAAGGAGAAAAACAACUCUCACACAUUCUCAUUUCCUCCUCUGAAUCGGUUGUCUGUGAGUGAUGAUGGUGUGAUAUCCCACACCCAUUCUAUAAUCACAGUUGGCAAAGAAUCCUUGGAGUCUCUUCUGGCCAAGGAAGUAUGUGAGUUUAGUGGAGUUAUAGCUAAACAUGUUUCUGGAAACUGUUUAGAAGAGUGUUACAAGGGGGAUAACAAUCUGAUGGUUACACAAAAGGGUAGUGGAUUGAGUUUACUUAAAAGUGCAGGAAAUUUUCUCACUACAGCGAAGGAAAGAAGUGAUGGGAUUUUUGUUGUGUGAAAGAUCCAUGGAGAAAUUUUAGCUGAACAAGUUCUCAAGGACUGGUUAGCGAUCUUAAACGAUGGGGAUAGAAUGUUGAUGAAGCGGCGGAGAUCUCACGAAAGCGGUUUUCAUGACAUCAUUGGUAUGGUUAAGGAACUACAAGUGACGUCUCAGGAUCGACAAUGCCAUCAUGAUGAAGUUCUGACUUCAGCAAUUCAAUCUGGUAUGGACAAUACACUACAUUACAACCUUGUACUUGCUAAUUAUAUUUGGAAACCAGGUGGAUUCAUGUGGUUAGGAGUUCUGAGAGAGUGGUGCAAAGAAUUUCAAAAGUAUAGAAUGGGUAAUGUACUGAAGUUAUUGGUCUGGUUCGACGCUCACAAUAGGAAGCUUGAAGCAAAACUAGGAUUUUAUAUCUUGGCGCACCAUAGUUCUAAGAAUCAGAAGUUUCUGAUCACACAUCAUAGGUUACAGAGUAAGGAAUGGUCAUGGUUUAAGAAGAGCUAUGAGAAAGGUUCUCUGCUGGAAAUUCUCUUUGCUGAACUUGUCAGAUGCAAGGCUUAUGUUAUGGAGCUGCUGGUUGUAGGUCUGAAAAUGCAGGCAAGUCAUGACUUGUUUCCAAACCAUUGUUCUUUUCAAAGGCGAGUGUCGAUCUCUAAGAUUUUUAGUACGGUUUAUGCUAUCACUUGGAUGAUUAAUACAAUGCAAGGAUUAGAGAGUGAGCAUAGAAAGGAAAUAAUUAUGACUGUGACAAGGGAACGACUUUCUGAAAUUUCUCUGGCAAAUCGAGUGUGGGAGCCUGGAGAGUUCAUCUUACUAGUUAAUCGAGUUCAAUGGGAAUGGCUCGAGAAAAAUUACCACGCUGAUCCAACUGUGAAGCUAAUGCAAAGACAAGACAUAAAAGGCUGGAUUAGUCUUUAUGAUAAUGAUGAAGAGCUGAAGCAAAGUACUAGAAGAGUGAAGAUGAGGAGUGAAAAUGAUCAAGAUGAGUAUAGAAGCAACGGAGGAAUGGCGGUUGAUUGCUAUCUUGAGGACAAUAUUGUUUUAAAAGGAGUGAGUAAUGGUAUGAGUGUAAAAGGUGUUAAUGACUCAAAACAGAAACAUAUGGUGAGUGGUGAAUGUCAAGAGAUGAAGCUAAGCACAAAAUAUACUAAGGAUGCUCCAAGUUUCAGUGAUUUUAAUGAUCAAGACAUGAGGGAGAUGUUACUAGUGACAAUUUUAUCAAUUCAAAAAUCUGAUAAAAUAUUGGCUUAUGGAGAUGAGGUUGAGAAAUAUCAAGAACAAAAUGCUUACAAGGAGAAGAAGAUUGAGCAGAAUACUACAAGAAUAUGGCCCGAGAUAAACAUAGAAGUGGAAACUAUAGAAUGGUCCAAGUUCAUGAUUGCUAUGAAGGGCGAGUUUACUGGAACCUUUUCAGGCCGUACUAAGCUGAAAAUCCCCAUCGAUGAAGUGUCUCACUCUCCAAGGCCACCAGAUCCUUUUGGUGGUGACAUGUUGGUCCCAGCACAGUCAAAGGCACCUAAUGAAAUUCAAGGCAUGGAAAAUCAAGUGGAGUAUGCAUUGUUUUUCCUUUUCACAUCAUGGUGGAUCACAAUUGGUGGACAUAUUAGAGAGCACACAUACUUAGGCUCUGAGACGAGUGAAAGACAAACUUUGCUGGUGGCUGCUCUUUCCUCAAAAAGGCAAGACAAGGUUCCUAAGCGCUGCAUGUUACCGAAGCCGUUUGUUUCAAGGUUGGUUGCAUCAUCGGAAAACCAGUCCAUGUUGAUAGUACAAGUUGCUGAUGGAGGAAUGAAGCAAAAGGAGUCAAGUGUGAUCUUCACUAGCAAGUCUAAGAUCACCUAUCAUGAGUUUGACUUCCUUCCACCUUGAAGACAAGUUGGUUCUUCAUGGCGGGAGUAUUGUUAGGACUCGGAUCAGAUUAUUGGGCCAUUGUGGGCC